CGCACUUCCGCUCCCGGAAGGAAGGAAGGCGCGCGCUUCCUGCGGCGCGCGGUUGCGGCCCGGAAAGGUGGAUACUUUGGCACUUACUCUGGUAUGCUGUGAAUAUUGCUGCUUUUGACAGGACAAAUAUGAUGGAUUUGUGGUGACAGUUGUAAGCUUACAGCCAUCAAGUUGCUGGCAAACAAGUUGGAAUUUGAAUUACCUGUGAAAUCUUUCAUGGAGAUGACUGUAUAUGGGAAAAGGAAAUUCUAGGACAGACUUUGAGCUAGAGCUGAUGUAAUGCAUCCCAGCGAAGCAGUGCUUAGAACUCAGGUAGCUGUAAGCAGAGUAACUGUCCUCUGAUGAUUUUCAAGAAAGCUGCGCCUUGAAGUGGCAAAGUCUCCAGGAAGCAAAAUGCCAUUGCCUCUGGGGAGACUGCUCUUUUUUUCCGGUGUGGUGGCCAGCGGGAGCUGUACCCUUAUAUAUUACCUUAUACAAAAAGCUUUCUCCAAGGCUUCCUAUUACCAGCUGGCAUUGGAGCAGCUGCACAGCCACCCUGAGGCCCUGGAAGCCCUGGGCCCUCCUCUCCACAUCCACUAUCUCCACCUCACCGACAAGUACAACUUUGUGGACAUUGCCGAUGCCCAGUUGAAGAUUCCUGUCUCUGGAUCCAAGUCAGAGGGCCAUCUCUAUGUCAGCUCAUCCAGAGAUGCCCCCUUUCAGAGGUGGCACCUUCAGGAGGUCUUCUUAAAGCUCAAGGAUGGUGAGCAGAUUCCUGUGUUCCAGCACAGUGGGAACAGUGGUCAUGAAGUCAAAGAGGAGUAAAGAUGAUCAGAAAGACUGUUUGCUCCCGGCAGGGCCCUUCCUCCUCACCGCGUGCCCUCCGUGGCUGGGAGCCAGUUUCCCAGUCGCUAGGGGUGAUUGUAUGUACUGUCAUAUGGUAAUUUUGGUGUAAUUUCUAAUUUGACCACAACUAUUGUGUGGUGGUUUUUUUUUUUUUUUUAAUCAGAAGUGAAAAUUUUACUGCAAAUUUAUAAGAAUUUAUUUGAAAAUUCACUGUCUAAAAGCAAAGUACAGAAUAAAAGCGAUCCAUAUUAACAAAGGUGUUUAUUGAUUUUUGCUAGUUGUCAUCUAAUUUUUUCCUCCUCCCCCCGCCGUAUUUUUCAGUUCCAUCCUUGAGAAGACCGAGACUGACUAGCCCUGAGGAGGUCCUUAAGUGUUAAUAGUAAGGAUGCCCUACCCUGAAUUCAUGUUGCCUAGUAGCUUAUGAACAUUCUCAGUCCCUUCGGAGUAUUUUCUUUUGCUUCACUGAUGUUUUAUCUUAUUUCUGUUUUAAUCACCUACUGCCUGCCUGAUUGAAGAUUUGCAAAAUAACUGCUUUAAUCCAAACAUUUCAGAAGCUUAAAGUAUUUCUAUGUGUCCAUAGCACAUGCAAAACUAAUUUAGGAAUGAUAAUUUAAAGCUAGCAGGUCCUUAUCCUUCUGCUUUGCCAACAAGCCCGUAUUAGAGACGCACACCUUUAGGUUUAACCUGUUUUAUGAGGGAAGAGUAUUAUGAAGCCAAAGAUCUUCCUUCCUUCUGAGCACGGGAGCUGAUGAAAACCAGAAAUCUGAUACUUUGCUUUGAAAAGGCCAGUGUGAUUAGGCUUGAUAUGGUUAUAAUUGCCCACAAUAAAGGACAUUCAUGAGCUCUUUUCCUACAUUCUUAAUAUUCACUUAUUGAGCUUAAACAUGCUGGUAGAGCAUGAGGCCUUCAACCGGUGGAAGUUAUUUCUAUUCUGGAGCUUGUUUCUUUAAAAACAAACGUUCUUUGAAUAGAUUAGAGAGGGAAAAGUGAGUCUUUCUCUGAGAGCACUUUUGCCCAAUGCUUAUUGAUAAAUAUUACAACCUGUAUAGUAAAGUAAAUGGUAACACUG